UGGGGAAACGAGUUUAGUAUAUUGCGAUCACCAGGGACUGUUGUUUUCCGCGACGGAAACUGGCCUCUACCAGGAGAGCGGAUCCCAGAUGUGGCUGCCUUGUCUAUGGGUUUCUCCGUGAAAGAAGACCUCUCCUGGCCAGGACUGGCUGUGGGUGACCUAUUCCAUCGGCCUCGAGCGACUGUGAUGGUGCUGGUGAAGGGGGUGGACAAGCUGGCUCUCCCACCCAGUAGUGUCAUCUCAUACCCACUGGAGAAUGCAGUUCCUUUUAGUCUUGACAGCGUGGCAAAUUCCAUUCACUCUUUAUUUUCUGAAGAAACGCCUGUGGUUCUGCAGCUGGCUCCUAGUGAGGAAAGAGUGUACAUGGUGGGGAAGGCAAACUCGGUGUUUGAAGACCUUUCAGUGACGUUACGCCAGCUCCGGAAUCGUCUAUUCCAAGAAAACUCUGUUCUCAAUUCACUCCCUCUCAAUUCCUUGAGUAGGAACAACGAGGUCGACCUGCUCUUUCUUUCGGAACUGCAAGUGCUCCAUGAUAUUUCGAGCCUGCUGUCUCGACAUAAGCAUCUAGCCAAGGAUCAUUCUCCUGAUUUAUAUUCACUGGAGCUGGCCGGUUUGGAUGAAGUUGGAAAACGUUAUGGAGAAGACUCUGAACAAUUCAGAGAUGCUUCUAGGGCCCUGGUUGAAUCUCUGCAAAAGUUUGCAGAUGACAUGUACAAUCUCUAUGGUGGGAACGCAGUGGUAGAGUUGGUGACUAUCAAGUCUUUCGACACAUCCCUGGUGAGAAAGACCAGGACUAUCCUUGAGGCAAAACAGAUGAAAGCCCCAUCAAGUCCCUAUAACCUUGCUUAUAAGUAUAAUUUUGAGUAUUCGGUGGUUUUCAACCUGGUCCUUUGGAUCAUGAUCGCCUUGGCCUUGGCUGUGAUCAUCACCUCUUACAACAUUUGGAACAUGGAUCCUGGCUAUGAUAGCAUCAUUUAUAGGAUGACAAACCAGAAGAUUCGAAUGGACUGACCUUUCCUUACGCCAGACAUAGAAAAGGGGGUUGGAAGCUUGCCAUUUUGUUAAAAUAAAUCUAUCCAUGAUUUAAAGUAGGUAGUAUACUUUAAAUUUAUAAAAAAGAAAACUUUGUGUGCCUGUGACUGUUUUUUUUAGAGUGAAUUAUUGAUGUGAAUCAAAUUGUGUGAUAUAGAUUCCAUAAGAUGCUCGAAUAUUAAGAUAUAGCCAUUUAAUAGUAUAAUUUCAUUCCAUUUGAUAUUUGGAAAUAUGCACUGAAAUAAAUGUAAAAUGUUUAGAUUAGCUUGUGUUAUUUAUGUUGAAAAACUGCACUGAAUUUAUUCGAGAAACUUAAAGAUGCUUAAAGUCCUUAACAUGGAGAUACGUGGAAAUCACAUUUGGGCCGUUAAUAUACUAUGAACCAUUUGUAAAUGUCUUAAUUUGAUGUAACUGUCUCUGAAACAAGAGACCGGAUUUCCAACCUAGUGGGGCCCUACAAUAUGGAUAUACUUACAUACUCGCUUACUCCUGGAGCUGUAUUCCGAUAGAGGGUAGCAAUUUUCAAACCUCUUCAGAAAGUUUGGUGUUCCGUAUGGUCUGAUGUUGAUAUUAAAAAGACAGCUAGAUUGAUCUAAGAAGAAACUAGCUGUGUAGAGAGAAAGCUGCUUGUGCAUAAAAAAGCAACUCUUUAGGGCAUGAAUAUAAAAUAUUUUAUUUCAGUAACUUCUCCCCCGUACAAGUAUAUAUGGUUUGUGGUACAACUUCAUUUUAUCGAAUAUUAAAUGGAUGUAGCUAAUUCCUACUUUUCAUGUGGAAGUGGACCAACGUCUAUAAAGAGUGACAAAUAAAGAUAAUGAUUCCAAA